ACAUUAUGUGAGUCAAUUAUUAUUUGUUACAAUGGUAUCAUCUCAAUCUCAUCCAAAGCCCGAUCAUUGUCUAGACAGCUCGGAGUGGCAGGUACAGCCGAACCUCCAGAUCCCGAUUUGAAUCCACAAUAUAUACCCGCAUUGGGAGUCAAGCACACUACUUAGCACUAGGCAUUGUCCACAACUCUACUAAUAUACCAGCGGUAUAUAUUCUCACUCGAAGCACAUUGAACUCCAUCUUGUGGUCCUGACUCGAGCUCCCUGUCAGCAUGAUGUAUCUCGAAGAUGUCCAGAAGACAGCGCAAGAGCAGGGUAUCCUGCAGCAAGACCUGUGGAAAAUGACUCAAACAUGGGAACCAGGCGUUCUACCGGAUGCCACUGCUCUUGCUCGGGCCAGAGACUCUUUGCCGCAGACUUUGCCCGAUGAUGGACUGGGCUUCGAUUGGGCCACCAAACAUGUUCUGGACGACAUGGUACCUGCUUUCAACCGUAGCAGUAUAAGCCCCAACUACUACGGCUUCGUCACUGGCGGCAUCACUCCGGCCGCCCUCUUCGCCGAUAACAUUGUCUCUGCGUACGAUCAGAACGUCCAAGUCCACCUUACAGAGCAUACCAUCGCAACCGACGUCGAGCACUGUGCCCUGGGCCUGCUCGUAGACCUACUACGACUGGACAGACGCCACUGGCACAAUGGCACCUUCACCACAGGAGCCACCGCCAGCAAUGUCCAAGGAUUGGCCUGCGGACGAGAAUUCGUUCUCCGAACCGCCGCCGAGCGUAAGGGCCUCUCCAUCAAGAGUGUGGGCGAACAUGGCUUGUUCGAGGUUAUGCAAGCGGCAGGGCUGUCCGGGGUGCAGGUGCUCUCAACCCUACCUCAUUCCUCAUUAGGAAAAGCUGCUGGCAUCCUGGGCAUCGGACGCGCAAAUGUCAGGAACAUCUGCCGGGACGAUAAUCCCCUCCGAUUUGACCUGGAGCGCCUCGAGAUGGAGCUAGCAGCUCCGCACAAGGCCAGCAUAGUCGCCGUAUCCUGCGGCGAGGUCAACACGGGACAGUUUGCCACAUCCAGCCUGCAGGAAAUGCAGCAACUGCGCGCACUCUGCGACAAGUACGGCGCGUGGCUUCACGUUGACGGCGCGUUCGGGAUAUUCGCUCGCAUUCUGGACCCUCCCACUGCCGAGUUCGCCUCUCUCACCCGCGGAUGUGAGGGGAUGGAACUGGCGGAUUCGAUCGCCUGCGAUGCGCACAAGCUGCUCAACGUGCCGUAUGACUGUGGAUUCGUCCUGUCCCGCCACCCGGCAGAGGCGAUGAAUGUGUUCCAGAAUGCGAAUGCAGCAUACUUGACAGGUGGCCAAAGUGGGGGUGGAGGAGGAAGAGAGUUGUCGAUACCGUCGCCUUUGAACAAUGGGAUGGAGAAUUCCCGGCGGUUCAGGGCCCUGCCAGUCUACACGUCCCUCCUCGCGUACGGACGGAAUGGAUAUAAGACCAUGCUUCAGAGACAGGUUCGCCUUGCGAGGAUGAUCGCCGGCUGGCUUUACGACCAUCCAAAGUACAAUGUCCUGCCGGCGGCUGGCAGCAGAGAGGCGCUACUCGAUCAAACUUACAUGGUCGUACUGUUCAGUGCAAAGGACGACAUCCUGAACGGGGGUCUGGCAAAUAGCAUCAACGCCACUUCGAAGAUGUUCGUCUCCGGUACCUCGUGGGAUGGGAGGCCCGCUUGUCGCAUUGCAAUCUCGAAUUGGCGGGCGGAGGAAGAGAGAGACUUCGCGCUGGUGACGCAUGUGCUGCAAAGUGUGGCUGAUGAGAGUGCUUAGGGGUGUGUGGUGCUGCGCUGAGCUGUUGAUUCCGACGAUCUAAACUUGUAAUGACCACAAGACUGAUAAUCUAAUCUAAUUUCUCUUCU